AUGGAUCAACGUGCGAUGGCAGAAAAGGCUCAAAAUGAGGCAGAUACCAGUGACUUGGCUGUAUCCUCUCCCCCCAGCUUAUCAACCCCACACUCCAGAUCAGGUCACAGUGGAGUCCAUCACCAUCACAAGUUCCAUCACCAUGGUGUGUCCCAUCAUCAUGGUAGAUCUCACCACCCUGGUGAGCUCCAAGACUUCCCUGAGAGUCCCUUGGCCUGGCUGCUUCCCGUGACACUGCCCUCUCCCACCACUCCAAUGAUGAGGAUUUUGUUUAUGACGAGCACCACCGUGGUAGCAGGAGACAUCACUAUAGGCUUCGGCACCAUCGGGGGCCCCACCAUGAGUCCUACCCUGACAGUGGGGCCCGUGAGCGUGGGGGGCCCCAUCACUCUGAUGCUUAAGACCACAGCAGGCACCAUCAUCAUCAAGCCCACCAACCCAGAAGGCCUCUUCAUCAUGGAGAGAGCUCUUCCCACCACUUCCACGGGGGGUCCUCCCACCAUGGCACACCUCGCUACCCCAGUGAGCACCGCGCGGCCACCAUGGCCACCACAGAGAGCACCACCGCGGUGCACGGCGUCACGAUCACUCACCUCAGGUCUCUCCCGAGUCUCUGGCCCACGCAGGCCCCACGGUGUGGUCAGAGCCAGCUGUGCCCUUUCUCAUGCAGCAGCCAUGCAGCCUAGCAUGGCGCACAGACGGAGCAGGGACUCCAUCUUGACUCGGUCGCGCGCUACAGUUCACCCUUUGGCCGAGAGCUCCAGCGACGUCCACCCUCAGGACAACUACUCUAAAACCUCCGAAAGCUGGGCUGACGAUGAGCAGUUUGAGAGAUACAAAACCAACAGACCCCCGCGGGCCCACAAGAAGGUCCACAGCAUGAACGUCUGCAGUAUGUUGUGGGGAAAAUUAUGCCACCUCUUUGAUGGCCUCCGGGAAAUGCUCAGGAUCCUGACUGAGUCCCUGAUCUUUGACGCCUUCAUCUUCCUCGUCGUCUGCCUCAACAUCAUCAUGCUUGUGGUCCAGACCUUCGCUGAAGUCGAGGUCCGGGGUGAGUGGUUCUUCGUGGCCUUCGACUCCGUUUUCCUCUGCAUCUACGUGGUGGAAGCUAUGCUCAAGAUCUUUACUAUGGGCCUCAACUAUUUUUGUGACUCCUGGAACAAUCUGGACUUCUUCAUCAUGGCCACGGCCGUGCUGGAGUUCGUGCUGGUGCAGCUCAACUCCCGCUCCUUCAAGCACACCGUCUACAGCCAAAGAGUCUUCCGGAUCUUCAAGGUCUUCAAGAGCCUGCGGGCCCUGAGGGCCAUUCGGAUCCUGCGGAGGCUCAGCUUCCUGACCAGCCUCCAGGAAGUGACCGGGACCCUGGUGCGGUCCAUGCCGUCCAUCACCGCCAUCCUGAUCCUCAUGUUCACCUGCAGGAGGGUGCUGGCCCCUCCCACAGCCACCCCCUCAGCACCCCACUGCUUCCCCACCUUCAGCCUGGUGAUUGCCGUCCUGGUGGACAACUUCGAGAUGGCACUGCUCAGAAGCCAGGAGAAAGUGAUGGAGGAGAGGGCCGCCGAGGUGCAGGAGACGAUGCUGGCCGAGUCGCUGACCGAGCUCUCCAAAGAAGAGCCUGAAGAGGUGAUAAGUGAACACACUAAGCAGAAGCUCUUCAUUGAGAAAAAAUUUGGGACCAUGACUGAGAAUCAGCAGAAGCUCCUGUUCCAUUUCCUGCAGCUCGCUGCCGGGGUGGAGCAUUAUCAACAGAAGUUCCGCUCCCAGGCAUCGGUCACUGAUGAGAUUGUGGACGCGGCGUUUGAGGCUGGAGAAGAAGACUACAGGAAGUGAUCCCUGGACAGGGACCGCCGAUGCGGACUUCAGCCUCUGGCCAGCUGCUCACCGGGGUGGGUCGGGACAAGUCCCCAGACCUGCUGGAAUGAUUGUGGAGGCCUACAGAGCUGGGCCCAAACAGAGUUUUAAAACUCCAGCAGGCUCUGUGUCCUCAUUGGCUGGGCCGAGGCACAGGGCAGGAGAACUUGUGUGUAUGCAUGUGUGUGCACACC